UCUACUUAUGUAGAUAUAUUGGGAUGUAUUUAAAUAAUUAAAUGGCACAUUUAAAUAUAUUUAGCAUAUAUGGUUUUGAUAUAAGCAAAUAUAUACAUGUAUUUUUUCUUGUUUUGACCACAGUGGCCCUGCGGUGGGCGUGGCCAAACUCAUGACAGCCUGAGAACUGUCAGAGAGUUAAACCUGUUUAGGCACAGCGCAGUGAAGAAAGGAGUGAUUAAACUCUUCUCAUACAGAUUAAGAGUCCCUCACGUGCAGACUUGUCUUACACGGUUCAGCGUUUCAUUCACAAGCACGAGCCGGUAAAACCUUUACUCACCUGAGUUGACGGGACUCCAGCGCAGACACCCCACAGUAAGUAAAACGCAGGACAGAGCAAUGGACAGGCGCAGGUGGUUGAAACUGAUAGUUCUCUUCUUGGUGACUUUUGCCAUAGUGAAAUUUUUCUCCAGUUCAAGCAAGGGAAGAGUAAAAAUAAACUCAAAAACCGUGGACACGGAUACAGACAUUUUCUGGUGGAGCGAUUAUGCUCCUGAGUCUGACAAUUUGGAUGCACCAAAAGAGCCUCCAAAAGCUGAGAAAAACCUUGUGAAAGAAAUCAUCACGAAGGAACCAGAACAAAAUUCAGAAGAACUUCGCAAUUUGGAUUCACCAGAAGAACCUCAAGAGGCUAUGGAGAAGCCUGUGAAAGAAAACGUCAAGAAGGAACGAGAACCAAAUCCAAAAGAAGAAGAGAUAGAAAUCAUAAAAGUCCCAGUGAAACCAUCUACAGGGCCUCUCCGUCUAGUACAUUUAGACCUUAAGGGUGCUGCCCCCAAAGUCAGUUACCUUAAGCAGAUUUUUCCACUGUUCUCCUCUCUGGGCGCUGAUGGUAUUUUGAUAGAGUAUGAGGACAUGUUUCCCUAUGAAGGAGAACUUGAGAUUCUAAAGUCACCGUUUGCCUACAGUGUGGAGGAAAUAGAGGAAAUCAAGACUAUGGCAAACCUCAGUAAGCUUGAACUGAUACCUCUAAUGCAGGUAUUUGGGCAUCUAGAGUUUGUUCUGAAACAUGAGAAGUAUGCCCAUUUAAGGGAGGUGGCGAAGUAUCCCAAUAGCCUGAACGCUCUAGCCCCUGAUAGCCUGCCACUGCUUAAACAAAUGCUAAAGCAGAUCCUGAAGAGACACCCGGAGGCACGGUUUUUCCACAUUGGAGCUGAUGAGGUUUAUGAGCUUGGCGAGAGUGAGGACUCGAAACAUUGGUUGGAGAAGAAUAAUGGAGACGUGGGAGCACUGUACCUCAGCCAUCUGUCAAAAGUUUGCCAUCUAGUGACCGAGAUGAGACCUGGAAUGAAAAUGAUCUUCUGGGACGAUAUGAUCAGAAAGAUCAGCGUCCCCGCCAUGCAAAACUCAGAUGUAACAAAACUUGCAUUCCCUAUGAUAUGGAACUACGGUCCACAGAUUGAUAUAAAAAGCCUAGCACAGCUACUGGAUAAAUACCAGGAGGCCGGAUUUUCAGGUGUUUGGUUUGCGAGCUCAUUUAAAGGCACUUCAGCGGUUGACCAGAUAUGGACUCCAAUAAAACAUCACUUAGACAAUCAUCUAUUCUGGCUUAAAGUAAUGGACUCCAUGGCCCAGUACCCUUCUCUAACUUAUCAAGGCAUCGCCAUAACAGGCUGGCAAAGAUAUGAGCACUUUAUACGUCUAUGUGAACUGCUGCCUGUGGCCAUCCCUUCUCUGGCUGUCUGUUUACAGACUCUGAAAUAUGGUUCAUUUACGGAAGAGGCCGAAAAGGCAGUACAUCACAUUUUGGGCUGCAAAAUUCAGUUGGAGCCUAAUAUUUGUGAAGGCAGUGGGUCAUUUGCGGGCGCUGAGGUUUACCACAUGGUGCUAAAGAUCCACACUGAACUGCAGAGCUCUAUUGAUGCGAUGAUGAAAAACCACUUUCUGCGAGGUUCUCUCAGCAAUUACCUGCGGAAGUACAACUUCGCAAACCCACGGAAUUUAAGACAUUUUAAAACCGAAUUGAGAAAACUGAAGGAUGAUUGGGAGUCCUUUCUGGAGAGGUUUCGGAAGGAGAUGGAGGUCAUCUUCUAUCCAGACACUGUGGAGGAGUGGAUGGAGGAUAAUGUCAACGAACAGAUGAGUAAACUCCGCAGCAUGGUGCAAGACACAGAGCGCAUUUAUGACCUUGAUGGCCGGAAAAAGAGUCUUAAAGCUUAAUACGGCUUUGACUAGAAGGAACGUGUUCACCUACAGUGUCUAAUCGUCAACUGAUUUUGGGGCGACAGAUCGCUUGUCCCUUAGCCAUGCCCAGCCAGUGAACUGUGAAAUCUUCCCCAUCAUGACAGAAUGCACCGUACCAGGUACGGCAUCGUUUGAUUUUUAAAAGCAGGGUUGACCAUAUUUCUGUAAAUUGGAACACGUUUUAGUGUUUUGCAGCUAACUAAGCUAGCAGUGUUCACCAAAGGGCUAGCUAAGCUAGCUAACUGAUUUUUAAUAGCUAACUGCAUUAUUGUGAAGAUCAGCUUGGACCAGCAGCAUUCUGUAAACCGCCAUGUUCAAACACAGAAAUCUGGUUUUAGUCGCUGACACAAAAGGCAAUUUAGGAAAGCUUGAAAAGUCCGGACAAUCAUAACAAGCCUACUUCAUCAAAUAUAAUCCACUUUGUCUAUCUGUCUUUAUGUCUCUAUCAUUAAUACAUCAAUUUGAAGUGGCUACAGUUGGCAUGCUAAAAACAUCUCAUAGCAGUGAAAGAAACUUGAGCUGGCAACAAUGGUGGCACUUCGCUCUCUUUUUUGUCUUUACUGCCACUCUGGACUAACAUAUGCCGGUGAACCGUAAUGUCCUUCCACAACUGGUCACCACAAGCCACUUUUCUAUUUUGUUUAUUACACUGCUAGCAUAGUUAGCCUUUUGCCCGACAUUGCUAGCCUAGUUAGCGCUAGUAGCUACUAAACUGAAAGAUGUUAUAGCUUUGUCUAGCAAAUAAAUAUAAGGAACACACUCCAGUUUGCCAAAUAGAUGGUUUAGCUCUGACUCAAACGUGUAUUUCAUUAAUAAUUUAAAUGAAACAUGAGAAAAACUGCUUUAAAAAUCAGCACAAGUGGAGUACAAUGCUGUGCUCUACCAUGUUGGGGGGUUUUCACUCCAAAAUCAGUUGACAAUUAGAAAUACAGAGGAAUUAUCUCAGAGAUAAGCUAUCAAGUAAUGUCGUUAACAUCUGCUGGCACGGGACAUUACAUAUGAAGACAUAAAAAGUUCAGUGUGAGUGCACAACAAGUUAACAGUUCCAGGAAACAGGUUAGGAAUUCAUGCAGGAGUUGUCUGACAAGGAUGCAAUGGUAUAAUUCAAUCUCAAGAACUUUAGUCUGAGCACAGUUUUCUCUGGUCUCCAAGAAUUUACUGUGCUACUGAUACUAAUACGUUCAACUACAGGCAUAUUAUUCAAAUGUUAAUGUCAAGGCUUAGUGUUCAGUUGGUAUUCUGGUACGACUGUGAAAAUAAUAUGUAGGUUAUGUUAUAUGAGUGAGGAAUUGAUGUGUGGAUCUGCCCUAAGAACUUAGAGUUUAUGGAGGGUUCCAACUCCCCUGCAUGCUAGAAUAGGUAAAGGACUUGGGAAGGUUGAUAAAAUAAGAGUAUUCUUUGCCUAAAACUACUUGUCAAACAUUACAGAAAAUGGCCAGCACACAGAAAAGGAAUAUAAGCAAGUUAGAUUUUCUUGUUACUAUGUUUUGGUGCACAUUGAUUUUUUUAAUAGAGCGUUUGAAGUCUAGGUGAAUGGUUGGGUUUAUUUGAUGUGGUCUAGGUGAUGAUUUAAAGACAAAGUAAAAAAGUACCUUUGGUAGCCAAGGAUGCAGUCGUGGGCAUUUUGUGUUUUUUUUGUUUUUUUUUCAGUGUUCUUGUUUAUUAUUUUUGUUUGUUAUAGUAUAAGUAUAAAACUCUGUUAAACUGCACUAUUUAAAGAAAAUUCCCAUACUAGGUACCAUUUAGCAUGUAUUACAAUACUUGGAGAAUAAGCUGAAUUAAAUAUUUGGGGAAUGUCUGGUUAUUUAUAUUUGGGAGCUUGUGAGGAUUUCACCAUCAUAUUGUAUUUAAUUUUUACUCUUAUGUUGUACUUUUUGUUUUGCUUGUUGUUUCCUGACCAACAGUGAAAAGAAUUUCUGUAAUUUCUACAAUAAAAUUGAA